UACUUCCUACCGCCGCAGCGGGAGUCACUUGCUUACUGUUGAAGAGGCAAGAGGACGCCGAGGACCUUGCGAGCAACGAAGCUUCGACGAACCAUAUGGCCGCAACAGCCGCUGCUCUUUCUUUCAACGUGGGGCCCACUACUCUUUAAAAAUUCCGCCGAAAAAGAGAAGACGAUUUUCUCAAACCUUCUGGCCGUUAUCUCACGGCUCCCCCGUCUCAACACAGGUGUAUGAGCGCUAUCCGGAGGGCCUAGGGGCAGCUCUUUACCAGGAGCACUUCGACUUCAACGCUGAGCCGCCUUGGGAUCCUAGCUGAUAGCGGGACACGUCCGUCUCCCGACUUGUCCAUUUUGUUGCAUAACCGGCAGGACCCCCAUUUGGCUCAGUCGUGACCCCCUCGCUGCAGAUUCUCUUUCACUCAUUCUUAAUGAUUUUUGGCUCGCUGGAAUAUGGGUAAGAUGAAAGGACUCGCCGACCGACCCGCCGGCUACACCGUCGAGCUGCUGGGGGGUGGUGCCACCCUCGACGAUGUCAUCGACGAGCGCAUCCGUGAACAGGCCCCGGUGGAGAAGAGCGCCUUCAUCGUGGGUGACCUGGGCGCUCUGAUCCGCCAGCACUCUCUCUGGAAGAGUGCCACACAGCGGCUGCAGCCGUACUUCCCGCUCCGGUGCAACCGCAGCCCGGCAGUUCUCGAGGUGCUCGCCUCCCUGGGCCUGGGCUUCGUUUGCGCCAACAAAGCCGAAGUCAACCUGGCGCUGGAGCACGGCGUGCCGCCCGACAACAUCAUCCUGUCGGGCGUCUGCAAGCAGCUGGCGCUCAUCAAGGCUGCCGCCAAGCACGAAGUCCACCAUCUCGUCUGCGAGAAUGAGGCCGAGCUGGCCAAGAUUGCGCGGCUCCACCCACGUGCCAAAUUGUUGCUGCAGCUGAGCACAGAGGCUCACGCGGCUGAGACCAGCAUGGCUUUCGGCGCGACCCCGAAGAGCUGCCGUCACUUGCUGGAGGCGGCCAAGGUGCUCGGCGUGCAGGUGGUGGGUGUGGCCCUACAGAUGCCGACCUCCUGCCUGGAGCUCCAGCGGGCCUACGGCCACGCGCUGGCAGACGCCCGCAGCGUCUUCGACAUGGGGGCGGACCUGGGCUUCAACAUGAACAUCCUGGACAUUGGCGGUGGAUUCACCGGGUCGGAGUUCCAACUUAAACAGGUGGAAUCUGUCCUCGGCCCGCUGUUGGAAGCCUACUUCCCGCCGCUGUCUGGUGUGCGCGUGCUGGCCCAGUCAGGCUCUUUCUAUGUGGCGUCAGCGUUCACCCUGGCCGUCAAUGUGAUUGCCAAGGAGGUGGUGACCCGCUGCUGGGAUGGCUUCGUUCCAGGUGAUAACGGCGAGGAUGCGGAGUUCCUGUACUACAUGAACGAGGGCGUUUAUGGCCCGUUUGGUGUCAAGCUCCUAGGGAACGCCAUCGCCGCCCCGUCAGUGCACAAGCACGCGCCGUGCGCCGACGCAGCAAUGUAUCCCAGCAGUCUGUGGGGUCCCACGCUGGAUCAGUUGGACUUUGUGGUGGAGCGCUGCCUCCUGCCCGAACUCAACGUGGGCGACUGGCUGCUCUUCGCCAAUAUGGGCGCCUGCGGCUUGGAUGACCUUGCCGGGGCCACGUGCGCCUCACCGCAGCUGCCCGUCUACUACACUGCCACCUCCUCGGACUGGUACGAAAUGCAGGAAGCGGGCGUGACGCUGGACAGUGCGAUCAAGACCUUCUUCGUGUAGUAGCCCUAAAAUUUCCCUUCGCCAACCUCAAGCGUCUCGCUGUGGUCAACAUUCCAGACAGCGCGUUAGUAUGAAAUAAUCCCCCCACCCUCUAUAUACAUUAUUAUUUUUUGCCCCGCCAUAUCAAAUCAAUCCUGCCCAAGUGAUGUUUAUGCAACAAAAUGGAUGACUCUGGAGAUGGGAACAGCCCCCCAAAUCACCACACUAACCCAGCAGUGUGGGGGGUGGCUCUCAACUUUACCUUUUACAAAAUUGCUUAUGCACCCUAUUGUUGUUUGUGUGAAAACCUUUGAGGAAUGUUGUGGUACCUCAGACCCUAGCAUAGCGAAAAAGAAAUUGUUCUUCAAUUUUUGGUAUUUAUUGGAUGAAGUUGUGGCUACGGCGAUGGCUUUAUUCCUAAUAUGAUGUUCAUGUUUGUUUGGGGUUUUGUUUGUAUUCCGCCCAAAACGGCCUCCUGUGUGCUGUCAUGUGACUGUCAUUUGUCAUCUGAAAAUGGUCACCAAGUCAUCCACUGGCUCAUUUUGUACAGCUUACCUUCGUAUUCAAGGCCACCUGACCCUUUGGGAAAGUGUUGAUCAACAUCUGUUUGAUGUAUUCAUAAAAGAUUUGUUGUCUACAAGCACUAAUGGACGAUACCCUGUUUGUUUUUGACUGUAAAUUGUGUUUGUUGAAGUAAUGAAAGUGGUUAAUUUAAUACAUUUCUGACUAAAAUCAUU